GACCUAUCACAUAACAGAACGUUGGGAACACUCAAAGUUCAUUUGUUCGAGUAAACGAAAACAUCCUCUGUGGUCUUUUGUUGGAUCUGCUGAGUAACUCAACUUAAAUUGUCCGUCCCGAACCUUCAACUACUUCUUGAGUUGUAUAAAAAGCAUAAAGAUGAUGCUCAGAAUCCAGUCUCCAGAAGGCACACGUCGAGUGGAUAUUGAUAAUCUUGCUGUUACAAAAGAACUAUUUGAAAAGGUCUUGAAUGCAUUUGAAACAAUAGAAUACCCUUUCACAUUGUAUGGGAAACGUGACAAGUCUCAAGAAAUUGCUUCAUCAGAUACAAAGACUUUGGCUAGUUAUGGACUGAAGCAUGGUGAUAUGAUUUUCCUGUCACAUAUUGCUGGUGCAGUUCAACAUGCUGAGCAACAAAAUGGCAAUGGCAAAGCCAAAAAUCAAAUUAGCAAUACAUCAUCAUCGCUUUCCACACUGGCACUCAGCAUGCCUGGAUCCAAAAUACCAAUCCGUUCAACUGUUGAUGAAGAUCAAGUUGAUCUGCUAUUGCAGAAGAUGGAUGGUACUGUCAAGAGGAAACGUGAUCCUAAGAAUUGCCUCCACGGAGAUAAUUCCUCCUGUAUCCAUUGUCUGCCACUGGAACCAUAUGAUGCUUCGUACCUCAAGGAUCUGAAUGUUAAGCACAUGUCGUUUAACGCUUACUUACGGAAGCUGUCAAGCGGUUUGGAUGGGGGAAAAUAUGCCAAUUUGGAUAACAUAAGUUGCCGGAUCAAACCAGGUUGCACCGGUCACCCGCCUUGGCCAAAAGGUGUCUGCUCCAAAUGCCAGCCUAAAGCCAUUACUCUCAAUAGUCAACCUUAUCGUCACGUUGACAAUGUUGUCUUUGAAAAUCCAAACCUAGUCGAAUGCUUUCUUCAUUACUGGCGUGUAACCGGUAGGCAGCGAAUAGGAUUCCUCUACGGAAAAUUCGACGUGCAUUUGGAUGUACCACUGGGGAUUAAAGGGACAGUUGCAGCCAUUUAUGAACCUCCUCAGGAAUCGACACGUGAUUCUGUUCGCUUGCUACCAGACCCUCGCCAGUCUCUUGUUGACCGCCUGGCUGCCAAGCUUGGACUGUCCUGUAUAGGAUGGAUAUUUACCGACUUAGUGGCAGAAGAUGUUUCCAAGGGAACUGUACGCAAUUUCCGCAAUGCUGAAACGCACUUCCUUUCGGCUCAAGAAUGCGUUAUGGCGGGACAUUUCCAGUCACUUCAUCCAAAUCCAUGCCGCUUCUCAUCAGACGGUUACUUCGGCUCGAAAUUCGUUACAGUCUGUGUCACCGGUGACUCGCAAAAUCAGGUGCACAUGGAAGGAUACCAGGUUUCCAAUCAAUGCCAGGCCUUAGUUCGUGAUGAAUGUCUAGUGCCUACCAAAGACGCUCCAGAAUUAGCAUACGCUCGACAGUCGACGGCUGAAAAGUACAUCCCAGAUGUGUACUACAAGGAAAAAGAUGCAUAUGGAAAUGAAGUGACUCGGGAAGCCCGUCCGCUUCCAGUUGAAUACUUGUUAGUCGACGUUCCAGUCUCAACUCCGCUGGAGCCCGUUUUUACGUUUGCUGCAGGUUCACACAAAGCAUUUCCUGUUGAAAAUAGACCUAUCGAUGGGCAUCUGCAAGAUGUAUCGGCUUUGGCUUCCUACCUGAACCAGUUUUCUCGUCACCGUUUCAUUGAUGCCGCUUCAGAUUUCCAUUUUCUUAUUUAUAUCGCCACAAUGGACAUGCUUCCGCUCAUGGAAAGUAUGGAUCCAUUAUUGGAAGCCAUUCACUCUAAAGAUGCCGCUCUUGCAAACCAAUGGGCAUCUGGUGAUCAAUGGAGCACUGUGUUACAGCUUCUAGCUCAUGCUGAUCAAAUGUCGGUAGCAGGUCAACCAAUGGAGGAAGGAGCUUCAGGAGCUGUGGGUGGUAAAUCGUGGACAUGUGUUCACUGCACUUUUAUCAAUGCACCUAAUUUAUCUUCGUGCGAGAUUUGCAAUUUGCCGCAUCAAAUCUAAGUCGCGGUGGCAAGUAAACUGUCAAAGUGUGCUCAGAGUCAGUGAUGAUGUAGCUUAGGAUGGGCUGAAUACAUGGAUGAGGCAUUGA